GGUCACCCGAUUCGAUCGGACUCGGAGACCGCACAGAGAGUUCUAUAAACAUCCUGCCGCCGCCUCCUUCUUCCCCUCUCCUUAUAUCAAGUUAGAGCGGGUCGCGUGAGGGCGAUCCAAGUUCCUGUGCGAAUUUCCAGCGAGAAUCAUGCAGGCCAGUGACAGGUUUAACAUUAAUUCUCAGCUUGAGCAUCUUCAAGCUAAGUAUGUUGGUACAGGGCAUGCUGACUUAAAUAGAUUUGAAUGGGCAGUAAACAUCCAACGUGACAGCUAUGCAUCAUAUAUUGGCCACUACCCCAUGUUGGCAUAUUUUGCCAUUGCUGAAAAUGAAUCGAUUGGAAGAGAGCGCUACAAUUUUAUGCAGAGAAUGCUGUUGCCUUGUGGACUUCCUCCAGAGAGAGAAGAAGAUUGAAAUACUUUGAAAGGAAGAACUGCAGCAAAUUCUCUUCUGCAGUAUAUUAGCUUCGUUCGAGGGGCAGAAAAGCAUUAUUGUAUCUAUAUUGAGCACAGUGACUGUCUUUUUAGCAGGCUUUGAAUUCAGAUGAGGGAUUUGGACGUAAGAUAGUCUGUAGUUGUUAAGGUGGCAUCUUGUUUUGCUUCUGUUAGGAUUUGUGUUGAACAUACCAUUGGUAACACCUUAAACAGUAUUUCAGUGGUUGUUAUGAGGAUGAAGAACUCUUUAUUCUGCCCGUCU